CAGCAGUCGAAGCAGAAGCUCUUGUUAAUGUUAUUGUUGAGCUGUUGAUGUGAAAAUAAACGUUAUUUUAUUAAUAGAUAAAACUGAACAUGAUGCAUUUACACGAUAACUGACUGCUGGGAGGAUUUGUUUAUCUGACUCUAAAUACACACAUGUUUUGUAAGGAUGUUAAGAUGGAGACUUGUAUGGCUUCAGAUAAAGAAACAAAGAUCUCUGUGAAGCAAACAACCUAUGUGGACCAACAGAACAGACAGAAGCCUGUAAAGGAAGAACCUGAAGAUGAAGAGUAUCUAUGUGGACAAACAUCCAGCUCUGUAAAUUAUUUUACCUAUGUGGAACAACCAGAUAAUCUAUUACUAAACACGCCUGUAAAAGAGGAAGAACCUGAAGAUGAAGAUUAUCUCUACUGUGAGGAAUGCAGGUCUUUCUUUGUCAACGAGUGUGAAGUUCAUGGUCCGGCUCUAUUUAUCCCUGAUACCAUUGUUCCCAUGGGGGUGGCUGACCGAGCCAGACAAACUCUCCCUUCCGGUCUAAAAGUCUUGAAGUCCAGUAUUCCUAAUGCUGGCCUGGGAGUGUUUAAUGAGGGGGAGACUGUACCGGUCGGCGUGCACUUUGGAACCUACCAGGGAGAACUGGUGGACAGAGAGGAAGCCAUGAACAGUGGAUAUUCCUGGGUGGUAUUUAAGAGUGGACAGUGUGUAAAAUACAUAGAUGCUACCAGAGAAACACAUGCUAACUGGAUGAGGUAUGUAAACUGUGCUCGUAAUGAUGAAGAGCAUAAUCUAGUAGCGUUUCAGUAUCAAGAAGGGAUUUUCUACCGUUGCUGCCGACCCAUUCAACCAGGACAGGAGCUCUUGGUAUGGUAUGAAAAGGCAUAUGCUGAUGAUCUUGGCACCACUUUCAACAACCUUUGGAGAAAAAAGAGCUCUACAGAAGAAACGAAAGGCUUCCCCUGCUCCUUGUGUGUAUUUUCCUACACAUCUGAAAUUUACCUUCAUCGACACAUCAAGAGAUUCCACCAUAAGGAAUAUGUAAAACUGCUAAAAUCUGGACAAAUUAAAUAUGAGGAUUUACUGACCCCAACUAGCAGCUCUAGUUCUGUUAGCCAUGACUCCUCUCAAAGAAAAAUGCAGAAGAAAAUUCACCACUGCUCACAGUGCGAGUGGAGUUUUACCCAAAAGAGUGAUCUCAAACGACACCAGUACAUUCACACUGGAGAGAAACCAUAUCACUGCCUGCAGUGUGGGAAAGGGUUUCUUUACCGGAGUGCUCUCCAACGUCACCAGCGCCUUCACACAGGAGAGAAGCCGUACCACUGCUCACAAUGCAGGAUGAGUUUCGCUCGCCAGGACCAUCUCCAGUCACACCAACACAUUCACACAGAAAUAAAACCAUAUCAGAGCUUGCAUAGUGAAAUAAGUUUUAUUGAAGAGGACGACCUCCAACCUCAUGAGGAAAUUCCUACAGGAGAGUAGCUGUAACAGUGCUCCCAGUGCGGCAUGGGCUUUGUGCAUCAGGACAGUCUGGACUCACAACAACACAUUCACACCAAAUAAAAAUUAAGGCUGCGUUUUCAUGGACGUUCCUGGCAUCCAUCAGAAUUCAGAUUUUCGCAGCACGUGUGGAGGAUGGUGCGGCUUCUUUCGGUCUUGCCAGGUCAAGGUGGUGAAUGUUGUUUUUGGUUUUCAUGUCCAGCAUAGAGAAAGCUGCAGACUUAUAAGCAUCCCUGGCUGUAUCUCAGUUUACAGCAUACUCUACUUAAUACAUGACAAGUUAGUACACAUGCAUUAGUACACAUGCAUUUCUUAUGUAAAUAUGUAUGUAAGAUGGUUUGAGACAUGAUUGUGACAGUGAUGUGAAAUAACCUCUGCUUACAAAAACACAAGCAUUGUGCAGGAAUGCCAGGAAUAUCCAUGUGUAUGCAGCCUCUGUAAAUAUGGAACUGACUUUAACUGCCAUGGAUAAAACAAACCAGAUGACAGACUGUUAAUGUGCUUGCUUAAUGUGUACAGAAUAUUAAACACUGAAUACUACACCUACUGAAUUCUAGACAAAAGUGCUUUUUCUUUGACCAGAGGGCAAAAAAGUAUUAAUCCUUAUUUGUAAUGCAACAAAUAACAUCACUGUGGAUCAAUUGCACCAUGAGCCAAGGGUGAGCACAUGAUUACAGCCAUGAUGGUAUGACUAUAGCACAUGAUUACAGCCAUGAUGGUAUUCGUGAUAACCUCAAAUGUUUUACUAUUGUUUUUAUACAAUUUAUUGCUUUUACAAAAGUAAAUUAAAGAAAACACAUUAAUCUUCUGCUAAAAAAUGUAGUUCCAUCACAAGUGGGUCGUUGUCAUGCAACAAAAUAACAUUAUAAUGUUGCCUUCUAGUUGUAUAAUAAAAAGAAAUGAAUGCAGGAUGUAUUAAAACGUGUAUUAAAACAGUGUGUAAGAGUGUU